AUGAAGUUUCAAGUGUUUAAGAAGAGUUCGUUUUUGGGAGUUCGUCAUCUCCAAUGCUUUUUGCUGUUCCUCGCGAUGGUUAUUGCGUUCUCAAUGAGAGUCAACAUAAGCAUGGCGAUAGUUUCUAUGACUGACACCACUCAAGAAAAUUCAUUCGCCUGGAGUUUGCAGAUCCAAAGCGUGAUCCUCUCCUCUUUCUCCUGGGGUUAUGUAGUACUACAAAUCCCUGCUGGCGAACUGGCAACUAGAUUUGGAGGAAUGAUCCUAAUUACCACUUGUAUUGGGGUUAAUUCUAUUGUAACUUUGCUGAUACCAACAGGAGCGUAUUAUGGUGGAUGGCCAAUUUUAUGUUUGUGUCGUACUCUCCAAGGCUUGUCUCAAGGAUUUUUAUUCCCUACAGUACACCAUUUGAUCGGAAAAUGGGUUCCCUUGGAAGAGAAAGGUAGAUUGGGUUCAUUUAUAUAUACAGGUGCUCAAUUAGGUACAGCACUUCAACUCAUCGCUGCUGGGUUUAUAGCUGAUUCUUGGGGUUGGCCAGCGAUCUUCUAUGUCACUGGUAUUCUCGGUACGAUCUGGACGAUUGCCUACUUAUUUCUAGGAUCUGCCUCUCCAAGAAGCUCCAAAAUUAUUAGUGAUGAUGAACGAACUUUCAUCGAAAGCUCAUUAGGACAUCUUGGUAAAGAUCAAAAGAAAUUAUCGACACCAUGGAAGUCUGUGUUGACUUCUUUACCUUUCUAUGCCUUGAUGAUGGCUCAGUGUGGUCACAUUUGGGGUUUGUGGACUUUGAUGACCGAAAUACCUUCCUACAUGAAAAGAGUCUUAGGAAUGGAUAUACAAUCGAGUGGUGUACUAUCGGCCCUACCUUAUAUCACCAUGUUCUUGCUAAGUUUUCCAGUUGGCUAUGCGUCAGAUUUUAUCUUGAAGAAAAAAUGGGUAUCCGUCACAGUGUGCAGAAAAUUAUUCAAUUCUUUGGGAUUAUAUGGCCCAGCGAUAGCUUUGCUCGGCCUAUCUUACGUCCCGUCUGGUGAUUUAAUGUUGGCUGUGAUACUUAUGAUUAUUGUCGUUGGACUCAAUGCUGGACAUUACACCGGUUUCUUGUUGGUGCACAUCGACAUGGCUCCGAACUUCGCCGGAACUUUAAUGGGCAUCUGCAAUUUUGUGUCCAAUGUAAUUUCUAUACUCGCACCCCUUAUUGCUGGCGCUUUGAUCAAAGACGAGGCGGAUCCAUACGAAUGGCGUAAGGUAUUCUACCUCUCUUCAGCAGUUUACAUAUUUACUAACACGUUUUUUGUCAUUUUCGGUACAUCUGAAAGGCAAACAUGGAACGAUGUACAAGUAAAAACAAAUGAAGAAAAUCAUACAACAGAUACUAAGCCUUAA